UUGACGUUGAUGUCACAGGUGAUUCAAGUUGUUCACAUUAUGUUAACAGUUUCGAUAGUACUUGUCGGUGCAACUUGUACUGCAAAUGUCAAACUCAGUAGCUGCAGGUAAGGACAAAUCGGGACGAGAGUAAGUUAUUCGAUCUGAUGUCGGUCUACUUGCUAGUUGCUACAAUCCUCGUCAUAACGUCAUCGUUUGUUCAUCGUUUCUCGUCUCGGUUAUGGUGUCGGUUGGUAUCGUUCGCGUGAAAUCAAACUCAUCCGUGUUGCAUUUCGGUUUUCAAAUUGGCAUAUUCCCAUUGAUUGAGACCCCAUUGAACCCGCAAAUGGAAAUUUUUACACGACGACAAAAAGCUGUAUGUAGCCUAUUUGUCUGUCUAUUUUUGUCUUAUCAUUAUGUGGAUUGUUCAUGAACAUUUGAGUAACUACAAGUAAAAACACUUGCUGGACUUCAUCUUGAAUAUUGUUCGCCCCAUGUGGGCCUAACCUUCCUCGAGGAGAAGCAAGAUGACGCGGUUGACUUCAGCACACCCAUCACCUCGUCCGUCAAAGACGGGGACGAUGGGUGUCGUGGGGAAGCCACUCGCACUCCCACUGCGAUUGCUUCCUCUGGUCUCUGUUAUGCUAUUGGAGCAGAUACCGAUACGGUUUUCUGAGGCGUACCUGGUACAGCAUCAGCACUAUGCUGUUGGUGGAGGAGAUUCUCAUGGGUCAGCUGCUUCAGGCCAGUCAGAUUCGGAUAUUCAGGAACCGAAGUUUAAAAAAUUCAAGAAGAAAACUUCCACUACCUCCUCUGAGGCUUCUUCUUUACCUCCGUUUCCACCUUCUACUGGAGGUGCCAGAAGUACCUUCUUCCUCCAACAAGAAGAGGAGACGAGUACACGGGUAGAGACAGACGAACUGCAGCAACAAAACAAAGGUCGUGCUUCGACGUUCUCUGAAACUGGUGGGACCCACGAAGGAGAGGAUGAAGAAGAUGAGGAUGCGCAUAAUUUCGGAAAGACGUAUUAUCCAACCGUCAUCGUUGAAGAUGUCGCGAUAGGCCUACAACAGUUGGCAGCUGACUCGUCACUCCUUCUAAGCCGUCACAGCGUCGAUAUAAAUCAAGUUCUUGUACCCAGGACACCGUUGAACGCACUGACGAACUUUGCAACGAAUAUCGGGAUGGUGGAUGAAAAGGUAUCUCCUGUAUAAUCAUCUCUUGCCUGAAGUAUUACAAAGAGGAUUCUCGUUGUUUCAACCAUUUAUGAUGAUCAUCCAUCUCCAUGUCAUUUUUUCUAAGACAACUACUGCACCUCGUCCACCUCCUCCUCGUCCUCCGGUACCAGUUAUCUGUCACUUCCAAACUACAGGGGCAACCAACUGAAGCCGCCAUUAUUGGCGCUGCUGGCGCUGUCGGUCUGGGUACUAUGGGUGCUGCUGCGGUUGGUAUGGGUAUAACUGCGUUUCCGCUCACACUUGCACAAAGUAGCGCUAGUGUUGCUGCUUACGGCGCCGCUACCGCUGCUGCUGGUGCAGGUGCUUACACUCUCCUUCAGGGUGGUCUGUACGACUUGAACUUGGGUUAUUUGACUGAGAAGGUGCUAGUGCCAGUAACCACGAGUGUCGAACUUAUGGACUGCCCAGAGCGGAUGGAAUUGCAGAAGAUGAGCUACACAGUCCGUAGAUGGCUGGACGCUAGUUCCGGUGUCAGCGCCAAUGAACCAAGCUGGAUCAACAAAGGAAAGCUAUGGUGGCCACAGUGGAAUUCGAAGGUGAGUAUUUGUAAAAGAGUUGUUGUUGAGCAAGAAAUUGCAAUUGAAUGCAUCAUGAUCAUCGUCUUCGUACUGUAGAGUCUUAGAAUCGGUUGCUCAUUGUUUCAACAACAACAACAACAACAAGAACAACAACAACACCGUCUUUGACCUUCUCCUGCAGGUGAAAGGGGAUUUACGUGCUUCUAUUUUCGACGAAAUUGAUACGGGUACUGGCGCUUUGGUUGAAACCAUGACCCGUUUGGUCCAGGACAAAGAGCGUGUGUUGAAACAGAGUAAAACUACUUUGGAGAAGAUCUACUACUUACGGGCUUCCACAUACUAUUAUUUCGAUCUUCCAUCCUCAACAAACAUCCUUGACUUAGUUUUUAUACAGUGUGAAUCAAAAAGGUCAGGGAUGUUUUGAAGAAUGCAAUGAAUUUAACACGUUUUUCUCACCUCUAAACCACGGCUACGGUAUGAACGAAAAACACUGCAAACGGCGAUACGAGCUUGCGGCUGUGAGUGCGAAUCGCGAAUUCUUCGAUCCGUGGAACCGACAUUUGGGUCGUCCCGGUGAAGAGGGAAUGCUGCUGCGCAAAUAUCAUCUCAUCUUAUGGUGGCGCGAAAGAAACAGAGGCUGCUACAUCAGAGUCUCUUUUGAUAGUAGUCGUUUCAGUUUGUCGUUGUAAUCAUAGCUGUUGGAGUUUUUAAAUUUCUACUUUAGAAGUUGUAAUUAAGUACUAAGUAAUAGUACAUAGGGUCGUUAGGUGGGAUUUUUAUGCUACAAGAACUCCUGCUGCAAGAAGUGCACCCGAUUGUAGUUACGUAAAUAGACAUCAGUGUUGUAGCUUCUCUGUACUACAACUUCUUCUAAUCAGCAGCACAGCGGACGUUGACAUCAAGUCACCGGGUGAAGGCCCUCUUCAUCAGCUGCGAAUUGGACGUCACACGCUGCACAAGCAGUUGCGUGGGGAGAUGGGUUAUUCGGUUAUGUUCGAAGACGGCGUGGGGGACAUUGAAGGAGGUAAGAAGGCGAAGAAAUACCGCAAUCUGAAGGCUGGAGAUCCAGGUGGAAUUUCGCUCUUACCACUGGAGCCAGAAGGAACGCACAUGGAAGAUGGGACAGCUUAUGGUUUCUUUAAUACAAGACUCGCACGCGCGACGACGACUCCUGUAGUAACAACUUCAUGAAGACGUUUUUGAUGUUUAAGUACGUUUAAUGAGCGUGAGGUAAACAAAUUUAUAACCCGAUUGAUGAUUCGAGAUCAGGAAGUCGAAGUUCCUGAUGACGAAUUCUCUUUCUACUCUUCUCGCGAUCCUCCCCUUCUCUCUCUCACUCUCUCUAAUGUACCCGCGUCCGCAUGGUGCUGCAUUAUUUUUACCAGUAUCGUCUUCUUUUUCCGGAAUCCUGGGGCUCCUUUGUGUUUUUCGGAGAUACAAACCAGCUGGCCGAGUGCAAGGAGAUGCUGAGACUGACCUACAGCCGCAUUGAUCUGUCCAGUGACUACUCUUAAGGCCUACCCUUAUUCAUCUUCAUCUGAGGCAUCCUGAAGAGACUUACUUUUCGGGGUCGAACAAAAGGGGAGACUAGGAGGAUGCUGCGAAAGAUGGAUCAUGAGGGUCGUGAGCUCUAUUCUAACAUAUGGCUUAUUCGAGUCCGGUGGUUGCUUUCUGCGCGUUGCGGCAAGUCGGGAGUACGCAUAUGAAGGCCUUAUUGACGAAGCAAGGUGUAAGGCCUGGAGGAGAGGCUAGUGGCGCCGUGAGGAGGAGAAAAAAGCCCUCUGAUUAAGGGUUUAUUUCACAUUGUUUUUACAUUCCACUUCGAGUAAUUUGUAACAUGAUUCCUAAAAAUCUUUUUUGUUUUUCAAGCAGCAUAAAAAGAGUCAGUCAAGGACGUAGAUGUUCUGAAGAAUGUAUAAUUUUGUUGUAGCCACUAAUCUGAGUACAUCGCGGAUUACGCAAAAGACAUUGAGUUUCUCAGUGUCAAGGACUCAAACAUGCGGAGACCCUGUACUACAGGUAUUAACGACGACUACGAGGAUUGCAGAAACCUUGGAACACCUACCACAAGGAGUUCACCGAGAAAGAAACAAAAUAAUAAAGAGGGUGAGGUGGACAAUUCUGGUGGUACUAGUGCUGGUAAGACCGAUGGUGCACCCUCCUCGUCGGCAUCAAAAGAUGAUGCAUCAGGCACCAGUAAUAGUAAAUCCUUUCUGUCCUUGUUUACUGGAACUUCUACUUCUUCAUCCUCUUCUUCUGAUGAUGCAAGUGGUACUUCAACAGCUUCUCCAAAUGCCGACUUAGCAGAUUCUUCCAUCGCGCAAGCACAACAACUGAAUCCCGCUUCUGAGAGAGCGAAAAAAGUAGUGGAUGACGUGAAUACCGUGUAUUUCUCUUUGCUUCCUGCACAGCUUGGUGGCAACGGCGCCCCUCCAGAGGAGAGCGCUUGGAACACCUACAAGAAAGGUAGCUUGAACAGCGCUCGAAAAUCAGCGAAGGCUCGUCAAGCAGCACAAAUCGACAUGGAGAGCGAGAAAGCGGCAGGCAUGUUCUUAAGUCCGCUAGUGAUACAGUAAUUAAAUAACUCAGCAACAGGAACAGCAUGACUUUGUCCACCAUAGAUAUUAAAAGUGAAAAUGAUAGGCAGCAAGAUUCUUCUACAACUCACACUCACUCAUAGAGACCAAUAUUAAAGCUUCUAGUAGCUAGUCAAUGGGCUCCAAUGCAGCUUCUUAGUACUUAUUAAGCUUUCUAGUCGUAGUCAAGAAUGAGCUUUCAUCUUACGGGCUUCCUAUUUCUAAUAUCCGUGAACGGUCCCCAAGCUCGCUAUGAAUAUGUGGUGGAGGCGGACAACGACUCGAAAUAUCUGGCCAUUUUUCAGCAGGAUAGUAUGGGGACGUGGCGAGAACGAUGGAAUCCCAUUUCUCGCCACGCUUCGCGACGCAUCUGGUCGUUAAGAUGAAAAUACUUGGAAACUUCAGUGUCUGUGUCAGUGUCGACAAUUUUUUCUUGUCCAUUUGGAAUGUUGAGAAUGUACUUAUGUAGUUCUUGUAGAGCGAAUGCGAAAAUAAAUGUACAUGGUGGUCUUCAGAUAAAAAAAAGGGAUUUUUCUGAACAAAACAUGAUCAAGCACCAGCUCUAAGUUGAGACGGCACGACGGAAGUGCCGGUUGAUGACGAUGCAACGGCUGAACAACAACUGAAGGACCAGCCAGAGUUUCUGGCCGAUGAAGUUGAACCUAGCGAAGACGAGAAAGCUCAUAAGCAAUUGAACUCCGAGAUGGAAAACGCUUUUGAGGAUCAGGCGGAAGCAAACCGACGUCGUGCGCGUUUACCGAGGAAUCGGUUUUUCGUGUACAUGUUAUGGUCUUGGUGACGAGUAAAUUUUCAGAAGUAAGCAAUAAGCUUUUUCCAUCUACUUAUCUCAAGAAGUAGAAGUACAAGUAUCCCUCCAGCAGCGACUAUCGAGUCAAUGGUCAAGAACCUCUGUCUCUAAUGACCGACUACGAGGAUCUUCAUCGACAGCUAGCCGAAGCUGGAUGGAUCGCGUGGGGCGAUAGUUCUUUGACAGGCCAUCUCUGGAGCGUGGAGGACCCGGAUCACGGCCGUUACUCUGAUAAUUCCAUGGAAGGCCGACCAGACGCAGGGUCCCAGAAAUUCACGCAUUUGCCUACGAGGGUGGACUUGGCGGGUCAGGCGGACGACAUGGAGGAUCUGAUCUUUGGUUAAGACAUGACUCACAAAUCAAAUCGAAAUCCAUCUUCCAAAGUAAUAUCUUGUUCCCGUUUUUAAAGAUGAAAAAGCAGGGACCGCGAUGCUGCUGGGGAUGGAUUAUUUCUGGUAGCGCUAAUUUGGACCGGUCGUUUGGCCAUGGGCAGACUAUCUACCAGCACUGCAGGAUGCGAACGGGAUGGAUACCAAGGUUGCAGCACUGUAUUCGCCAACGUCUCAGGGUUUUGCGACUGUUCCAGGAAUGCCAGGUGCAGCGACGGGAGGUGGCUACAACGCUGGUGUACCACUGACCAACUUCCCCACCGGAACACCUGCUACUGGAGUCUUACCUGGUGGUGCAUAUGACCCCUUUCACGGCCAGAGUGCUCGUCUCGGACAACCAGCAGGUCGUUUUGGAGCAGGAAGUGCAGCAGUUUCAUCCGGAGGAAGUGGAGCUUUUGCCGCUACAACCAGAGCACCUCAGACUGCUGCGGACGUUUACUUCAAGACGUUGCCGAAGCGCACUCUAGAUUUCAUCGGGCUUGGUGGUGCUGUGCCGCUCUCCUUGGCUGGCGAUACGACGCCAGAAGUUAAGGCUUGGCUUAAUGUUUAAAAGGACGAACAAUAGACGCACGAUCUAUUAUAAGAGGUGAAUUUUCCACAAGAGGACCAUCAAGCACUAGCACUUAGAAGUAGAAGAUCGAUAUUUUCGUUUUCGCUCGCUGAUGAACAAGAGUAUUAUCUCUAAACAUCAAGAUGCUGGAGCUGCUGCCAAUGAAGGGAGCUCCAAAACAAGUACUACACCUGCCAAGAAGGGGAAGAUUUCCACAUGGGAGGUGGUGCACAAACCGGAUCACAGUGUGUCUAUGGCGUACUCAAUUUUCGAGGAUGAAGCGGAUGAUGACCUGAAGAAAGAAGCGAUCUAUGUUGAACUGGUGAACAGUCAGAGCGAUGACGCAGCUGAAAUUGAUCAUAUCGAAGCUAUGGACUGGCGCAGUGAAGCUUACAAACUGUUGAAAUGCGGGAAGACGUUUUUGAAUAACGUGGCUGAAGCGAUUGUGGUACAGCUAGAACUCCUGUUUGGUUUUGCUUAUCUCAAGAAAUACCUGAAGCUGAAUUUUUGUCACAUCUUUCUUGCUUCAACAAUUAUAGGAUCAACAAGAAUAUGAGUUUCAUGACUCAUCUUCACUUUCUUAUUCUACUUAGACUACUCGCAUCUAUUUAAUUUGAAUUUCCUGAUUUCCAUCCACCCCCUUUUCUAUCAAAAUUCCAUCAACUAAAAGGUGAAUGCCGCCGAGUCUGUGAUGAUUAGCUGUGCUAAGAUUGACCGGGAUCGCAGGGUAUUCGAUGCAGCUCGACUCCUAGAGCGGAUCUACCUCAAGUUAGAUCUCGUCACUUCUGGCGCACACAUCCUAGAGCACUCUCUCCGAGCGCGCGCUGAUAGUAUGGCAGGCAGCUCAAACGUGGCGAAGGAUCUGAAGAUGGAGUCGAAUCAAGCGGUCCCCGCACUGCAGUUGAGCCGAUUUUUGAAGUCCAAGGAAAGAACGGAGGGAGCGAAAGAAACUACGACGGGUUCGACCGCGUCAGCAAAGGAGGUUGCAGACGCUGCCACGCCGAAAAAAGAUACGACGGCGUCUGCUACAGAGCCUCGGCCAACUACUGCGACUACUAGUUUUCUCCAAGACGACGAAGAAAGUGGAAAGCACGCAGCUGGAGAAGACAACAUGAAAAGUGUCCACCUUCAUAAAAAGCAUGAAAAUGAAAAGUCCCGCUCCCGGUCUUCAAGCUCAACAUCUUCUUUUUUUGAGAAUGUCGUGUUGCCUGAGGACGCGGAAUCGUCGGAACGCAUGCUCCUUCGUGAGCUCUGUGAAGAUGACAGCGAUCACGCUUUUCGUGGAGAACCUGGAUCUUUCGACUAUUUGGAUAAUUAUGUGAAGGGUUUAUUUGAUGCAACUACUGCAAGUAACAGGAUGUACAUGUACUACAAUGUUCAUGAAAUAUGGACGAUGCGGAUACAGCUGUUCCUCUUCCUGCUCAAUCUAGAAGAACGUGUGGCCUUCGUCUACUAGAAGAACGUGUGGCCUUCGCCCUUUUUAAUGGCCACGACUUUACUCAGGUCUCCCGCCUCGGUGCACGACGUCGACUUUAUCCAGGUCACCUAAAAAUCAUCCUCGGAGUCGAGCCAGGUGCCGGGGGGUUCGAUGUGCAGGAUUCACAACCUACCCUAACCCUAAGUAGUUGCUAAAGCUUCCCUACCCCUGCUUCUAAUUCACGAUCAACGGCAAGGAAAGCGCACGCCCUUACAAGAUUCCAGGUGUGAGCGGGAUUUUCUUUGACCGUUUGUGGGGAAACAAGCUGAUCUUUGCUGACGCAAUCAAAACAAACUGCUACCGCACUGUUCUAGAAUACGUGCGCGCUGGUCACUUCUUAGCAGGCGUGCUGGAGGAACAACAUCGACGCGAGGCACAGGGACAACUUCUCGGAAAUGGAGAUCUUUUGUUAUGAUGAAACAAGAACUAUUGCUAUUCAUGUUCAUCUUUUUCUUCCCAAGACCACGAGGCUUAGUUGACUACUUACUUGAUGUAGAAGAUCUCGUUCUUCUACGUAUAACUGUCGGAUCUUCCCUGAAGUAGCUCAUGAUAUUUAUAUCUUCCUCUUCGUUCUUCCUCUCAAUUUUCUUCUAAUCGUUGACCAAAAAACCGGUCCUCUCUCUCCCCACGCUGCUCUCGAGGCCUUCGACGUGGGUUUGCUUUUCGCCGCCGCACAUCUGGAGAAACUGCUCAUGUUGGAGAACAAGAUGUAUCUCCGCCAAGAUCUGGAGGAACGCUUGAUCGAGGAACAUCGGAUCGUAGUUAAGGCUAGCACAAGGAUCCGUACAGGUAAUGCUAACUACCUACUGGUGGGACUGAAAUAAUAGGGGAGUCAACGCUUGCAGAAGAAUUGGCGUUUCAAAGAAAUUUGGUGUAGUAACUAGUUGUAGUGAUGAAGAGGUUUAGUUAAUACUCAGGCAUCUUACUAACUUGGUUCCCCCGUUUUUCAUUAUAGGGAUGAAUAAACAGCGGACGACCAAAGGUACUGCUGUUGAAGACGGAUCCAUCUACUUAGUUCUACUUCUUCUAACGUAGAUACCACCUUGGACGAAGUGCGGCAGACUAUCCGCCUGAAGGUGUUCGGGGAGCACUACCUCGAUUUCGGGGAGAUGAUGCGGUUGCGCUACCACAUGGACCGCUUUCGCUAUCGCAUGACCAAGAGGAGCGUAGAACGAAGCAGCGCUUUGCGUCAAGAAUUGGUCAAACGUGAGAAUUAUGGGUAGAUGAAGUAAGUGGAAGUGUUUCCGUUUUCUGAACUACAUGUGGAUCAUCAUUAUGAACAAUGUUCAUUUUCUGAAGCAAAUAGCAGGAAGUUCUUCAAUAAAUCUAUCUCUAUGACAGAUCGAGUUUGAUAAAAGAAAGUAGAAUAACCAGCACCUAGCUACUAGCACUACUCGAGGGUAGUAGCUAGUUUUCUACUUCUAAGUUAAGCUCUACGAAACGUUGGAUGACUCAUUGCUGAAGACGUACGUGCUUACAGGUCGCAGCAGAACGAGUUUUGCUUAUGACAGUCCAGGAAUGCGCAAAGGAAGAGGUGUGCGACGACAUUCGAAGACUGGCGCGUCUGGAACAGAACAAGAUGCAGAGGCAGCCGAUCGGGCUUCUUUCUUGGAUGUCGAGUACUACUUUUCACAGCAAGAGCAACUACAUGCAUCUGCUAGCAGUCAGAGCGACGAGGAGGCACAGCAAAAUCGGAUCAAAGAGACUUGGGGAGAACUGGACACAUACAAAGCGAUGGGAGUGAACGUGCUGGAGAUCAACCAAAACACCGAAGACGCAUCAGAACAUGCCUUCGCAAUGCAUCAUGGGUGUUACAUUUUGACCGACGUGGGACGCGAAAUUUACAAGGAAUUGAUCUUAUGAAGUCAUAAGAAGAUUAAAAUUCUGCUGGUGUUUCUAGUCCUCGCAUAGUUAGAGAUUUACGUCACAGAGAAUCGAUCUUAUAAUUAUGAAGUCAAUGAAUUGUAGAAGUCGUGUAGUAUUCUCUAGUUUGAGACCACGGACGAUUCUACAUCCAUCUAGAAGUUCUUACAACUUGAUUUUCAUUCAUUUCCGACUAAGUAGAUUCUUUCUCUAAUCUGUCCUCAAAUGGACUUGGUGGAGCAGUACAUCGAAGCAGGUGAGAUCGAGGCUGAGAACUCGAUGAAGAAUGACGAGAAGGGAGAGCAUCUGUAUGUCGAUCCCAAUACGGGAGAACUACAGGAAGUUGGUCUUGAACUUUCCGAUGAUGAGGACGACGACGAAGCUGGCGGAUCCGGAUCAGGGCGACGACGGGGGAUAGUUAAGGGUUAUUUUUGUGUGGUCACAAAGACAAACUUAUACUUAAUGAUCGCUACUUGGUUGUGGAUUAAUCAAUAUCUUCAAUCUCAGUUUAUUCGCACUCCGAAUCCAAUCAAUGAAUUGUCGCAGUACUUGUCUGAAGAUUGUUACAAAGACACAGUCUUGCUGGUACAAGUUGUAUAACGACUAAUCAAAAAAUGAAGUAAACAAGAACAUGCCUUAGGUUCUUUUAAUUCAACUACAUGAUCUACAGUAGGCCUAGGAAGGUAGUAGUACUAUCUGCAACUACUUCUAGAACUAGUAGAUACAAUAGUAACUUACUACAUUUGCAGAAGAUAUAAUGACACUUACAGAUGAUAUACAUAUAUAAAUCAUUUGUGGUACUCUAACUAAACGAAUGAGGAGGAGGAAUUAAAUUUGGAUUUGGAUUUGGACGGGGAAGAGGUUUCGGGACGAAGACAAAGACGUGGCCCAGAAAGAGGAUACGACAGACUCCUGAGCUCGCAUCAGAGAGGUGGUUCCACUGGAGGUUAAGGCGUUCUCUACUACAACAAGUAUUUUUAUUUGCAUAACAAGUAUUUAUUUUUGAGGAGAAACAGAAAGAGAAGCAUCUUCUGAUUAUAUUGUGAUACAAUAUAGAAGAUAUCACGACAAUCUUUGACCGCUCAGCAAAGGAAGAUUCGUGGCUAUUCCUAUUUGUUCUAGACUGACACACGCACACUCUCAUGAAUGAAUUCGUAUAGAAUUUCUGAAAUAGAAGAGAAACUCAAGGUCCUCGUCUAAGCUAGUGAUGGUGGUCCUCGUGGUUCUGAUGGAUAUCGGCGUGGCGGUCAAAACGAAGAUGAUUCUGGCUACAUGAAUCAAUUCCAACGUGCAAAUCAACAAUUCGACGAACGUAUUGCGGAGUUGCAAGCACAAGCUGCUGCUUUGGAGAGGUUUCCGAAUGAUCCUCGGAAGAAAAAGGAUGCCAUGGAAAUCCGCAAGCAAAUCGAUCGUUUGUCAAAGGAGCAACUGUCUGCUAAUUUUGCGCUGGGUAAUUUGGGCGAUCGAAGCAAUGCGCAAACGGGGGUGAUGACCUUAUGGUUUGGGUAUAUUCAAGAUUUUGAUUUCAUUCGUUUGUUGCGUUCAGAACGACAAUCAACGACCUCAAAAAUCUCAUUCCGUUUCCGAAUGCCUUCUCUUCUAAUCGUUGGCACCGCGGCCAAGGUUGCCGCAGAGAGUGUCCAGGAGAGGAAACACAAAGUGAACCUGGAUACAGCUCUACGAGGACCAGAGGCGAACAUGCAGCAACCACGGUUGGAGGUAGUUGGUGGUAUGGGCGCUCAUCUACUACACCCACCGAAAGCUGACCCUGAGGCACUCCAUGGAGAAGAACUCGUACAGCCAGAGGUAACACACUUGCCGGCUAACUACGGAGGUGGAGCAGGUGUUGAACAGGGUUUACCAUCAUCAUCAUCAUCAUCGGCGAAGCAGGAACAGAAGCCAGACCCAGACUCGAAGGGAAGGUCGGGAGAUGCAAGCGCUGCUAUUGGCGCUGAUGGUACGGUUGCAAACAGUCCGAGUGCAGCUACUGGAGAACAACCAAAACAAGAAACAAGCAAUCAACCCUCAACGCCUCCAGCUCCUAGUACUAAAGGAGCGGCUGCAGGUAAACGAGCGUCUGCCUUUCUCCAAGUCGGCCAGCAACAGCGACGAGUUGGUACGACCAGGAAGCGACAGAUGAUGAAGAGGACGUCAAAACAGACAAGACAACGACGACAAGCACAACAAGUUCAAGUUGGUGGCCAGCUGCCCGGCGUCACGGUCACUGAUCCUAACGCGCCUCUUCAUCCAGCCCAGUUCGAAGCAGCAAAGAAAGCUGGGUAUAAUCUCGAUAUGAUUCACCACGCAAACUUCCGACCCGAUCCGAGAGUGCAGAAAAUGAUGCGGAUCUCGAAGCAGAAACACGCAGCAGAGGCAGCAGGAGCCGACGGGAUCUACGGGGCGGGCGCGAGUGACGAUCCCAGUAAGCACAUCCAUGACUUGUGGCGAGAGCAGAAGAAGAUCAGAGCAGCGAAGCGCAAAGCUUUGCGGGCUCAGCGGAAGAAGCAACGACGCUCUUUGCUGCCGUUUGAAGCGGAGUCGACUACUUACGGCAUUCCACCUCAGAUUGCACAUCUGCAUCGCGUGCGGAUGACGUUCAACCCAGCGCCACAGCUGUUGUUCGCGCCAGGAAGCAUGGAAUUGGUGGGCAAGGGCAGUUUCGGAAAUGCGGAUAGCACAAUUGUGCCAUUUUUAUGGUCUACAUCGUUCUUUUAUCAUGAUCUGUUUUUCGCUUGUUCUUCUUGUAGUUCCUACUUGGAGUCCAACAUCUUCUGGAUGCACCUUGUUCAUCAGCAAGUUGGUACCUUCGAUCCACUAACUUCUCUCGAAAAAGGAUGACCAUACUCAAUAAACCUAGAAGUACCUUUCAUCUCUCUCCUCUAAUCUCGUCGAAACUGGCCGCCGCGGAAGCGGACCCAGCGAAAAACCAGGUUUCACACAGUGUUUCGGAGUAUUACGUCGAGAUGCGAUUGGGAGCGUGGCUGAACCGCGAGCGUGCCAAGGAAAUGCCACAUUACACUACGAUGAUGCUGAAGAUGGCUCAGAAGUUCUACGAAAGGUGGGAUUCCAAUUGUCGCCGCAUCAGCAAAGUCUACGCAGUCGAGUCGCCAAACAAACCCCUGCCGUUUGCUUGCAGCGGCAAGCGACUGGAGGAGAUCAGUUUUAGGGUAAACCAUUUAGCUGGUGAACUCCGCAUGAUGUUAGGUGCCAAGGACAUGGACGAUGGACGCGCCGGUGUGAUGCAGAGGUUCAUCCCAGUUCCGGAAGAAGCUCCGACAUUGGUCAUCAGUGAUAAUUCCCAGAGACAAGUGGCGGAGUACCAGGACAUGGCUGUCUUGUACAAGAUGAUGGCAAUUCCAGGUGAACUCCGACCGAUUUUCCGGGAUCCAGUCUUGCAUUAUGGCGCGUUGUUUUAAGUAACUAAAAGAUAUUGAUAUUAAGGAGUUCAACAUAUUUGCACAUAAAAAUCAUGAUGAACAAAAAUUCCGAUCGGUAUCUACUGAUGUUCUUGGCAAGAAGAUGAUUUAUUUUUUCACAAGAAUCAGUCGGUCAGCACCCUCUUCUAAUCCCAGCAGUACAUCGAAGCGCAUGCAAAGGAAGGUGGCACGUUCAUGGGAACGCCGCUGAUGCUGACUGCAGCAGGCGCAUUUGGGGGUGUGCCUCCACCUGGCGGUCAGCAAGGACCACGUGGAUUCCGUGGUCCUCCAGCUAUUGGAGCACGACCAGGAAGAUUGCCAGCGACAUCUUCCUCUUCGUUUCUUGCCACAGAGCAGGAUCAGAGUCAGAGUCAGGAGGAAAGCGUAGGAGCCGUACUAGGUGAGAUGAUGAAGAAAGAGUCUUCUAGUACCACUUCUACUUCAUCUAAAUCUGAGCGACUUGUUGAAGAAGAAGCUAGUACAACUUCUAGUACCGGAGGUGCACCAUCUACAUCCGGAAGAUCCUCGCGAAAGGAGCCGGCGUCUUCGUCAUUCGCCCAAGAACAGUUCCCUCCUGCGGAUGUUCAGGAUGCCAUUACUGCGUCCACGUCUACCUCUACUGCGGAGGCGGAGUCACCGGUGGAAAUGAGCGAGGAUGAGGCUGUUUUUGCUCUCGGCAUGACGAAUUGGACAUUACCUGCUUCCGCACGCUUCUUGUAUUUGGAGCAAGAAUAUCUCUCUUCCCAGCCUUACCGACAGGAAGUUACGCGCGACCUUGAUUGGUUCAAUAACAUCCCUCAUGGCGGUCGCUUCGAGGCUCAGAUGUUUGAGCUGAUGCUCAAGACCGAUCGCGGGGAUCCCGUGUGCAACCAGUUCAAUUACGGGCAACUUUCUGCUUCUUUUUCCAAUGCAAGAACUUGAACUCCCAUACUAGUACAGAGAAAAUAGAUUGAUAAAAAGUGACGACUCACCACGAUUAUGGUACUACUUAUAAAUCUUCAAGAAUUUAUCUUCAGCAUCUUCUAGAACAACAACACGUAGCAGGAGGAGCUCCUCAUCUUCUUCUAAUUCACCCAAGCUUGGCAACAGUAUGCGAGUCAGCGUUUCGAAAUGUUGGCAGCGAGUAAAGACAGAGAUGGUUUGCAGUCAGGUGGUGAAGAAUUCGACCAAUGGAAGGAGCGAUUCGACAAGAAUCAUGGUGUUACGGCUACCGCUCAACCUCAAGCAUCCUCCUAAAAGAAGACUCUUGGCCCUUUAAUUAUUUUCUACUUGAAAAAGAGAUGGCCUUUAUUUCUACUUGAAAAAAAGCCAAGCCAAGCCAAGGAUAUCAUGACAAUGACUGCUCCCAAGAAUGCAUGCAAUAUCUUUACAACGCGGUAAUAUUUAAUCACAAUAAAUAUCUCUAAUGUUGCUGCGAAUAGCCAACUCGCGCAGAUUGUUGCUGCUCUUCUCGCAAGCUGGGACAGCAAACCAGAUUACUCAGUCGCCAUUGUCCUCCCUCUCCUCAACGAGGAUCCAGAUGCGUGGAUGGAGGUCGCGAGCGUGAACUGCCUGAUCCGCAGUUUCGAAAAGUUGUCUAGAUUGCACGCGAAGUACAAGAACUGGCGACGCCGGUUGGGCAUCUACUUCACUGGCAGCAUGGUCUUCGACUACUCUCCGACCGAGUACAUCGAAGAGUCAAUUAAGGCUAGUUUUUUAUCACUAUCCGGUGUGACGUAUGUAUCCUGACCCACCUGAGUGAGUGCUGGAGUCAUUCUUGAUUUACUAAGGGGGAACUAAGAAAGUCGUGGAAAUAAGGGCAACCCACUCAACAUUGGAUAGUGAAAAACUACCGCUAAGUUAAAGGAGGAAAUCGCGGAGAUGCUGCGAGAUGGGAGUGGGUAUGGCGAGGAGCCGGGCAAGGUUACUACAGAAACCACUAAGGAAGACUCCUCCUGUUGUGGUGGGGAAGAAGAUCCUAGCGACGAUGAAGUCGUAGGUGAGGCAGAGCCUUAUUUCCCGUCUGCGGGAGGUUCGUCAUUCGCACAAGAUGGAGGCAUGCCUGCUCCACCUGUUAUGGCAACAUAGCUUCAUUCAUGGAUUUCACAAACUUGAACUUGGUACAACCACUAGCACUAAAAAAGGUAACGGCGCAAGUGAAACUGAUAUCUCCUCUUCUUCUAGUGCGGAUCAGAAUUAUAGUAAUAGACUCACACGAGCACGGCAGUCUUCAAUAUCUCUUCAACAUCAUCAGCUUUUUCCUCGUCCUCUAAAGUGAAGGAUCAACAGUUUGAGCCCACGUCGAUUAGCGGCUUGGCUCCGGAUGCUACCAUUGGUGAGGAAAACGGUGAGGGGGGUGGUUGCUGCGGUUUUGGUGCGGAGGAAAAGCCUCAAGCUGCGACGAUCACUGCGGAUGGCACUAUCGAGACUGCUGGGGGAACAGCAGACGCCGGCGCAACCGGUGCUAUUGGAGAUGACGCGGAGGAUGGUGCUGAUAAGGACAACAAUGAUGGAAGUUGUGGCUCAUCCUCUUGUGACGGUUUAGGCACAAAUCAAGAUGAUGAUGUGCCCACCUUACCGGAUUUUUCUCCGACCUCGGAGCAGAACUACGUGAAACGACAUCAAUACCGUGUGCGUUUUUUUCCGACUUACCAACUUAGGGCAAGACCGAAGGUCCAAUACAACAAGUCCAGAACGACCUAAAAAGUACUCGAAAAAUGUGAGUUAGUGACCAGCACGACCUAAAAAGUACUCGAAACAUGAAAAUAUCCGAGUUAGUGACUGAAAUAAGGGAGGUAGCUUAUAACAUCAAGGCUACUUUUCCUUCUCGUCAGUAUCUCGGUUAUAAUUCUGAUCAGUUACUUGCUUAAUAUUUCAGUUUAUCGAAUACUUGUGUUCAAAAAAUGUAACACCAGAAGUAACUCCUUCAUCUUCUACAAGGUGGCAAGAACAUUACUAGGAUCAACAUUACCUGCCAAACUGUACAACAUUACGUACGAUAUCAACAUUACCUGCCAAACUGUACAACAUUACGUACGAUAUCAACAUUACCUGCCAUUACCUGAACUGUACAUUACGAUUUUCUACUAGCUAGGUUAGGCAACAUUACGUACGAUUUUGUUCUAGCUAGUAGGUGCUCCACGAGGACAGUGAUUACCUCUAAGGAGCGAGGCAAGCUGCAUAUCCAGGCUGCAACGGCGCCGCCUGAGUGGAUGCAAGAGUAUCCGGAUGGUCGCUUACUGGCAGACAGUGAGGACUACGAUGGCUCGGAUGCCGGGGCUGCAAUUUCUGGUGCGACGAGGGACUUGUAUGCGCAACGAAUGGCUAGGGCAAGGAACGCGGGGGUCGGGGCUGCCGAGGCGAGCACGCACACUGCACUGCUAUCUACUGCGGGGAUUCGUGACGCCUAUCUGGAUGGUGACAGCGUAGAAUAUGGUCUGCGGGUGCACGGAAGACAAGUGGUGGAACAGUACUUAAGGCUUGUUACCCUAAUAUCCAUUUUUUGCAGCUGCAUCCUGAAGAGGCUUUUCUUCAAGGAAAAAAGAGGGUUUAGGGUUUAGGGUGCUUCUCCCCAAGAUGCUGGGUGAUUAGGGUGGGCUCUAAGGUACGUGAGGAAAUCGAUGCACCGCUUUGUGGCGAAAGCAAGGGAACUCGAGAUGCGUCGCAUGACUGCCUUUGUGCAUCCGAAUGUGAAGGAGAACGGUGACAGCUGCGAUUCUUCAUCUUUUAAGGCUUCUCAAGCUAAUUCGUGUUGUUAGAUUUACACACUAUUAAUUUUCCUCAGCCUCAGCAGGAGCAGUUUCCGUUUUUACUUUGGAUUAUACUCAAACUCAUAUACAACCUACAUAGUGGCACAGUCUACACGUAGUCCUUUCAUGCAGAUUUUCAGACUGUCACGGUUUAGGAAUAUACUUCCUGCGCCAUUUUUGGCGGCGUUUAUUCCUAAGCUGACACCGAGCGGCCUCGACGAUAGAGAGAAACGCGACGACAGGAAUAAACGCCGCCCCAGAUUGUGAAAAUCGUGCGCAAUUUUGCGCGUUCGUCGUAUUCAUUCCUAUCCCGAGAAAAGUCCCACGGACCGUGUUCCCGCCGAUCGUUCUGCAGGUGGGUUCGAGCGAACUCUGGCCUUCGUUCGCUGAACGAAGGCGCGAACGAAGGCGGCAAGAUCGGCGAAAGACGCAGGCCGCGGCGUGGUUCGUUAUAUCUUGGCCUCGUGGGUCUGUGGUGAGUGGGCGGGGGGCUGGCUGCAGAUGAGGGCAGGGCGCCCGCGGAUAUGUUCGCCGGCGGUCUGUCGCGCGGUGUCUGUGUCCUUUUUCUUCUGUGAGUGUUCCGCGCCAUCUCUUUGGGCUGGUUGUUUCGUGCAGUUCAUUUGUCUCCAGCUUCUGUCUUGCGGUGUUGUGGCUGGCCUCGCUCGCCCACUGGGUGGCUUCACAGGGGUUUCGGUCAAAUUGAUGCGCUUCAUCUCCCCCCCGCCGCCUGCAUCAUCGUCUUCAUCUUCGUCACCAUCGUGAUUUGUCAUCACAUGAGAGCGAGUGGCAUGACUUUAGAAAGUGGAGAGCUAUUCCUAUUGUGAUGUCAUUCUAAUGACAGCGCCGGCGGCGCUUGCAGCGAAUCUUGUGGCAGCAGUGAUGAUUCAUUGGAGGACCAGCCUGAGGAUGACGGCAUGAUCAACAACAGUAAAAGUGGAGCCACUUCAUCUGCAGUAGUUCAGCAGCAUGGUGGAUCUGAAGAAAGCGAAAACCAGGGAUCCGGCUGUUGUGGUGGUGAUGACGACGAAGAGAAGGAUGACGAGAAUGCUGCGCCAGGACGAGCUGGACGAGCCACACCUUCAACUUCAUCGUUUCUGGACAAAACAAAAACCUCCAAAAAGACUACUACAACUUCGGCGCCCAAUGCAAUCGAAACGGGUCUGGAUUUGGCGCCACCUCGCACUAGGUAUGGAGGCGGCGAUGACAAGUUGCCCAUCUACCUAACACCGGACGAGGAGGAGGCAGCGGGAAUGUCAACGAUCCGCAAGAUUCUGCAUGGAAUCGAUCGUAGGAAGCAGCGAUCGAAUGUGCUGAAAGCUAAGGGAUUGCUUGCGAUGUUCCAGGCUAGACGCAGACUGACGGCAUAUGGUCAGCACAUCUCCUCAGCAGACCACGGUGCCUUGUGGGAACUGAAUCAGCCUGCACCUGCUCCAGCUGACGCGGAGGUACCUGAAGAAGCAGCAGUCAACAUUAAGGCUCAAAACAAUUCAUUUCUACAAGUAAUGUCGGUCUCCUUAAAUUUCCUUCUUAGAAUUGCUGGGAGAAAUGUAUGCUCAAGAACGAAAUGUAAAUGCUCUAACAACACAGGGGCUUCUAGUUCUACAGCUGCAACUAGUGCUCAGAAAACGCCUGCGGCCACAACUGCACCUGCUGCUCCUUCUGAAACAACUACUGUCCCAGCUGCAACAACUCCUUCAGCUGCCAGCGCUUUUCUCGAAGUCAAUCGAAAUAAGCGGAAAAAAGCAGUCCUAGUGUCACCAUCGGCUGCGAAUGCACAGGUUGAUCCUGCUCUUGCAGGUCUAAAUCUCCCGAUGCCGGUGGCAGAGGAGCCAAAAGUCGUUAUGCACACUCAAAUCACACAACUCAAAGAUAACAUGAUAAGUUCAAACCUAUUGCCAUAGCCAUUCACUGAGUAAGUUGUGUACUUCUUCUUAUCGAUAAAAAACCGCCUUCUAUCUACUCUUUUUAGACGAUUGACUUAGUGAAUUUUUACACUUUAUUUUUGACUUAGUACCGCAGCCACUCCGGUAUCCAUCCCCGUGCCGCUUCUCUAAACAACUGCAUACCCAAGUGGCCCAGCAAGAUACCGAAAUCGAUCUCGCAGAGUUCCACCGUGUGCAUCCACAACGGACGAUAGUCGAUGUGCUCAACGCAGCUGCAGAUUUGAACACGAGGCAUCUGGCAGAGAUGGCAGGUAUCGACCUGAGUGAAGGUGCAAUGCGCCGUGCCAACGGGUGGGUGAACUACUUUUCGCAAGACUACUUUGCGAACUUGCAGAACUACAUGCCAACGGAAUAUGCUCAGACGAUCGAACGAGAACAAAAUCGAUUUGCGGUCAGAUUGGCGCUUUUAUGACAGAAGAAGAAGAGACCGAGACGUCUUGUUCUUGUUGUUCACGAACUCCUUACAGAGCAUCAUGUUCCUGCUAACUCUUCUUCUCGUCAUCUUGUUCUCCCACUUUUCUUCAGUCCAAAAUCUUCAAGUCCAAAAUCUUCUGAGAAGUGCCCCCCCAGCUAAAAACCUUCUAAUCUCCGGGCAAACACACACAUUGACGAAGAAGGAUGUCUCGUCGCGACGUACCACAUCUGCCAAAAUGGCCUUGGCCGAUGCGAUGUCCGCGACGAUCGCAACCGGCGAUCCCCGAGGCUUUCUCCACCACUACCAGGGACAGGAAUCUGCUAGUAACAGCUUGGAUCCUGGCUUUCCAUUGGGAUACAACGUGGCGACUAUGCAGCAAUCACGAACCAGCAGCGGUCCUGGGUCACUGCCUCCACCGGCUCUUGCCGCAAGAACCAGGAUGCAUGACGCUACUGCAUCUGUAGAGGAACUUGUUGAGCGAGCGCGAAUGGGCGCUAUUGGCAGUGCCGCACCUGUGAACGACGGAGCCAUGUUUGCGACAUCGGACAUUAAGGCUUUGGAAGUGUCUGCUCAAUGAUGAUGGAUUCUAUAAAUCAUAAUCAUAAUAAAUGUGAUUUUUUUGGUCGCGCUCGCGUGCCAAUUUAUCUAGCACGACGACCUUUUCCUGAACGAGCUUCUGUAUUUAUCUGUCUGGCCGUUUUCUAGUAAAAGAUGUUACUAUUCCAAAUCUGAUCUAACAAAGGCGAAGAAGAUCGCUUAGGUCAGGAGGAAAAGAAGAACCAGUAUCGCUUUCUACCCCGCCCGAAACGUUGGGCGAAUGCUCACCAGCAGGUCGGGGAUGCCGCAUUGUCACGUGCAGGCAUGCAACUUGCCUCGGGACCCGGCAUGCAUAUGGCAGGAGCCUCGUCGUUCCUCACUGGCAUCGUGCGCAAAUACGCUAGUGGAGGAGGUCGUGAUAUCUUUGGCCGCAUGUCGGAUAUGAUAUCACGCGGACUGCAGGGACUUUUCCAGAAGAAUUACUCCUACUCUGUGUGGCCGCCUUCCUACUCGUCCUCUUCAGCUGGUGGUACUAUCGCUUCCCCAUCGGCAGGACGUGCUUCGUCAUCUUCAACUAGUUUCCUGGAUACUUCAUCUUCCUCCUCAACAGCUGCUAGUACUGGUAAAGAGCAGGAUCUCCAGAGUACUCGAAAGGUUACAGUCGAAGAAGUAAGUGAAGACGAAAACAACAUGAACAAUGUUGCUGAAGAUUCUAGUUUUGGUCGCAAAACAUCUACUUCUUCUAGAAAGACUACAACUAGCACACGACGAGGAGCACCAAAGAUGAAGGUAUUCGUUUCUAACGAAGAUGGCAAUAUGGUGUCCGCUUCUCAGUUCUUGCAGAGGACUAAAACAUCAAGAACCGGUCGUGAACGUCGUCAACAAGUACAAGGACCUCGACUGCAAACAGGUCGCGGUAAGAAUGAGGGAACGCAGAUCCUGACACCGGAAGAAAUGCUCAUUUUGAACAACAACAUGGAACCGUUACCUCCAUCACAGAGUGACAUUCCUGGCGUGAUCCCACCGCCUGCGCCAGGAGCACCGAAAGCGUCCUCCGAUCGUGGACGUCCAACGCAUCUUCUGAUACCUCAUACGCCAGCUGUUAAGGCUUUCUUGUUCUUGAUAAUUUUCUAAUAUUGUCUUGAUAAGAAGAUUGCAUGAUUGUAGGCGAGUCAUCUAGAACAAGAAGAGAUAGAUUGCAUUGUAGGCGACGAGGAUAGAGCAAAAGAUGAUAGGAGAAGGCUUUCUUGUUCUUGAUAGGAGAAGAAAGGAGAAGAAGAACGUAACAUAAGUCUCGAAAAAUAUUGAUAGUUUUCUAUCCUUGAAGAUUGUCUGCGACGAGUCAUCUAGAACAAGAGAUAAAAGUAGUAAUAUUUUUCGUAUGUUCAUCUCUUCAUUUAAUUUGAAUUUGAUGCGUCCAUCACAUUUGAUCUCCUUCUGGGGUCUCCCAUUCGGCGUGGCCCCCCAUUCUCGUAUCUUCAUAAACAUAUAAUUUGAAGAUGACAUCAUGAUUUUGAUUUCUUCACUGGAGAAUAGAUGAAAAUGAUUGAUGUGCGAUUCCUUCUGUCUCCUGUUUCAUCAUCAUCAGAAUCAUAAUAUGCUCAUCUUCGACAUGCAUUUUAAUAGGUCUUGACUGCCUUAUUUCAAACUAUAGGUAUAAAAAUUAGUUCCAUCCCUACUUCAAACACUCUACUAGGUACUAUUGACUGCUCCCUCGCGUGGUCUGUCUCACUCUAAUUCUCAGAGCUUUGGUUUUGAACUUUCGGACGUCCGGGACCAUGAAGACCUGAAGAAACUGGAGAUCAAACACGGACUUUUCCACUACCACAGGUUAUGGCAACUUUUGAUGUGUGAACCCACUUAGCUUUUACUGAGCCACGUAGCAUCAUCAUCGGGUGGCCUGAGAAGCAGCGCUACCGUAUCCACGGCUUCAGCCUCGACUGCGAUGUGGAGAGCGGUGUAGCCUCGCUUGAAAGAAAUACUUACAUCCACCUCCGGGGCCCUUUUGCCCUUUAGAACAACCAGAGGUCGAUGAAAUCUCUCAAUCUGAAACUUCAUCAUCAGCACCUAACCUAACGACUUAACCACUUCUUCCCACUUAGCUUUUACUGAGCCAGCUAGUAAUUCUCUGAGAAUCAGCUUGGCUCAGAUUAGUAAUUACUGAUUAAGUAAUUCUCAGUAGUCGAAGAAGCUCAGUAGUCGAAGAACAUCUAGAAGCUAAUCCUCGGCUUCUUCGGCUACGAGAAAGUGAUCGAUACGUAGUCGAAGUUUUUCCCUUUUCUCCUUGAUUAUCAUCUCAUUUAAGUGCUCGAUACAUACCGUACUGCUGAAGGAAAAAGAGCGAUAUGAUACAAGACCAAGUGGAAAAUUCAAAUAUAAUUUACAAUGUGCGUUGCCUUUCAUACUAAAUAAACUGAGCUCAAUAAUUACGUAAUUCUCAGUAGUCGAAGAAGCUCAGGAAGAUUACUGAAAUUUUCAAGAUUCUUCUAAUCCUCGGCUUCUUCGACUACACGCUCAACGCAGACGCGAUGCAGGAAACGCAGGAGUACCUGAAGAUGGUGCAGACGUGGGAAGAUCCAGCACCAGAGAAUGCUCUCAGUAUCUGGGAGGACUUCACCCACUAUUUUCACCAGUAG